AUGGACGACCCGAUCGUGUUCUUAGACAUAGCCAUCGGCGCUCGACCGAUCGGACGCAUCGAGAUCGCGCUCGACGUCGCGGCGGCGCCGAAGACGUGCGAAAACUUUCGCGCGCUGUGCGUGGGCGAACGCGCGUCGCCGUCGACGCGAAAACCGCUGCACUACGCGUCGAGCGUCGUGCACAGAGUCAUCCCGGGAUUCAUGAUUCAGGGCGGGGACUUCACGAAUCACAACGGCACGGGAGGCGAGUCCAUCUACGGGCGAACGUUUCGGGAUGAGAACUUCACGCUGAAACACGACGCGCGCGGCGUCGUCUCCAUGGCGAACGCCGGUGCGAACACGAAUUCGUCGCAGUUCUUCAUCACGCUCGCGGCGACGCCGCAUCUCGACGGUAAGCACUGCGCGUUCGGGCGCGUGCUUCGCGGGAUGGACGUCGUCGACGCCGUCGAAGCCGUCGGUUCGCAGUCGGGCGCGACGUCGGAAGCCGUCGCGGUGACGGACUCGGGACAGCUCAGCUGA